AUGUCGUCGCUGGACUUUGAGCUCGACAACGAGGUGCUCGACGGACUGACUCUGGCCGGCGGCCAACCGUCCGAGGACGACUCCGAAUGGCCGACGUUCGAUCAGAUGGACGACGACGCGCUUUUUCGAGGGCUCAACCUCGCCAAUCGUACGUUUUUUUUGUUCGAAAUGCGGUGAUUUUACGCACCUUCUGCGGCAGACAAAUGCGGCCAUAUCUAAUUCCCUCAAUUUUCAGUCAACCCGGACACGUUCACCGACUGUUUCGCCGACGAGCUGACCAAUCAACUGGACACGAUGGACCAGGACCUCGAGUUGGAGCCGCUGGACCCGUUGGACAGUCUGCAGACGGAGGACCACUGCUACGCGGCGUCGCUCUCCCCGCCGGACGCCCAUUCGCUGCCGAUCUCGCCCGCCUCGACGUCUCCGUCGUCGUACCACUCGAGCGGCGGCGACGAGGACAUUUCGGACAAUUACGCGAAUUUCGGAGUCGACAUUCUGCAGGUCGCCACUGAUACGCUUUUCCGCGCGCCGAAACAAGAGGACUUUGAGAUUUGCAGAGUUGGUUUCACCUUCUUUUUUUUUUGCUGAUUUUCUGGACUAAAAACGUAUUUUCAAAGGCAUCAUUAUUUUCAAUUGUUUUCUGAAGCCACGUAAAAAAUUAUGGCGAAAAACUGAAACAAUAGUAUUCAGUUGUUGUCGUGUUAUUUUCCGCGAAAAGCGCUCAUUUUUCUCAAACGUUCCGCCUCCCUCUCACUAUCGAAUUUCUCGAGAAAUUUGAGAAAAAGGUCAGAAAGUGAGCAGAAAAAGUGUUUAAAAGAGCACAAAACAGAGGGAAAUAAUGUUUAUUUUUGGGAUGUAUAAACAAAUGAGCACACACACACACAAUGGAACAUAGUUUACGGGAUAAGAAGAGCGGUGGGAAAAUGUAGUGAAAUGCUAAGAAAUUGUGGGGGAAAUUGGAGAAAAACAGCGAAUUUAUUGAUUUUCUUCAUUUGCAGAGCGGACCCCUGAUUGCGUACACAAAUGCCACCGCAGCAGCAGCAGCAGCAGCCAAUAACAAUGCUCAGAAACGACUGAAUCAGACCGGAUUUCCGCAUCACAACACGAACGGACUCGUCAGAUUUAGUACGUUUUUUUUUGGAAAUUUUUCUUAAAAUAAUCCGUAUCGGCGCAAAGUUUCAAAGCUCGCUUUUUUUGUUGUUGGUGUGAAACCGGAGCUUGCAGACCGUUCCACUCGGCGAAAAUGUUUUAUUGAAUAGUUUGCCUGAGCGUUGAAGUCAAACAGUUUCUCGUCGUUUUGCGGGGUUCAGAAUGCCUCUUUCUCUGUCCGUAUUUGUACAAUAUUCAUUGGAUCGCCCAAAACGGACGGACGGCCGGACAAUCAAAAAGAGCGAGAAUUGAUUCGUGUUUGCACAGGAAUCGAUUCAUUUCGACAGCUUUCUCUUCGCCCUUUUCUCUGCCGACCACGCUCUCGUAGCGGGACUGUCAAACGGACGAGAUUGUGUUUCGAUGAGAUUCAUGACAAGAUCAGGGGAUCAAGAAGCGCCGAAGCGAUCGGAAAUCGGAUUUCGAGCGGGGAUUUUCUUGGAAUUUUUGAGGUUUUUCGGUAAAAGUUUGGUAUAGAAGCGCCCGAUUCAACGAGGAAUAGCUCUGGAAGCUGCGACAGUUGAGGAGUUCAGGAAUUCACUACUUUUGAGUUUUCUUGGAAUUUAUCGAUUUUUUGACGGAAUAUGAAUACCUGAAGUUAGCUAUGCAAUUGUAGAGUUUUCCUGACUGCAUUUUCAUAUGGGAUUAUUCAGCGAUGUCAAAAAAUGGAAUGGAAUAUAAAAACAGUGCGUUUUUCGGUUUCUGACAAAUUUUUUUUUCUGCUGAAUAAGCCCAUAAAAAUUCUCUGGCAUUUUUUCGAAAUGCUUAUUAACGAGUUUUCUAGCCUUUUCAGAUUUUGAACUCUGAGCCGAUUCUUCAUAGAUCCUCUCCCUCUCUCUCUCUCUGAAAUGCCACUAACUCUCUCCGCUAUUAUAUUUCUCCCUUUUCCCAUUCGGCCACUUCAUCGUCUCAUUUUAUUCAUCGUCACUGAAUACGCACGUAAUCGGCGCGAGCGAAAGUGAAGGGAUCCUCCUUCGUUGGCGCGGCGGCGGCGGCGGCGGCGGGGAUGAGAAGAUGAUGAUUGUGUCUGGUACCAACUUGUACAAACAUCACACACACACACACACGGAUCGGAUCGGAGGGAGGGGACAAGACAAAACAUGUGAAUAUGCGAUGAAAUGGGACUGAGAUGUAAUGGGUGAAUAAUAAAAAUAACCGCCAAACAAUCCGAAAAUCCUCCUAAAUUUCACAAUUUUUUUUUGCAGAAAACGCUGGAAACGGACGAGUGCUGAAUCCGGCGAGCAUCUCGCUGAACGCCUCUUCGUCUUCGGGAUACUCGCUCCAAUCGACGGCAUCGUCUUCUUCGUCGUCUUCCUCCUCCUCCUCCACUACCUCGUCUUCAUCUUCCACUUCUGGCGCAUUUCCAAAGACGUCGUCGACGGGCGAACGACGCAAGUAUCCGCAAUUGCAGUUGACGGAAGAGGAGAAGCGGCUCUGCAAGAAGGAGGGAAUAUUCCUGCCCGAGUGCUAUCCGCUCACCAAGGCCGAAGAGCGCGAUCUCAAGAAGAUUCGACGAAAAAUUCGCAACAAGAGAAGCGCGCAGACGAGCCGAAAGAGGAAACAGGUGGGAGAGUUGCGGCGGAUUUUUGAGAAGACUGCGUUUUUGUUUCACAAAAGCAGUUUCACAAAAAGUUUAUUUCAAGUUUCUUUCUCUUUCCAAAUUAAAAAAUGCGUCCAGAAGAGAUGUGCUCAAAAAAUUGCACUUUUUCCACCUGAUUUCCCGUCCGAUUCGACCUUUUCCGAGUGCCGCGACGGCAAAACAGUGUUGACCCAGUGCCAGGUGGUGGCUCGGCUCUUUUUUCGAGCCGAGAUCACGUUUUAUUUGUCUGACCGCUGAGAAAAUAGUUGGCUGGCACUGAUGGCACAAGACAAGAAAAGUACACACACACAACUGGUUGGAAAUUUGGGGGAUUUUGUGAGAAAAUCCCAAUUUUCGAUCAACAGCUCACUUGUCAAUUCCAAAAAUUUGCCUCAACUUUUUGAUAAAAGUCUCCUCGACGUGUCCAUCCGCGUCGUGUCAUUAGUAUCGUCAUGCGACGAUCUUCACACGGAAUUGGCCUAAAUUCGGCCGAAAACACAUGUUCAUACCUUGUUUUCCAAGGUUGUCAGCUGACUGACUUUUUCGACAAAAGUGGGACAGAAGGAGCGUGACGACGAGAAACGGCAUUGAGAACAUUUUUGGGGUUCUUUUGGAGUCGGGGACAAUAUUAACCUAGAAAAAGAUUAGUGCUUCAAAAACGGUAGUUGCUCUUUUGGCGUCUUGUAAUGUAAUGCGUUGUUCAUAGGCGCAUUGAGGAAAGAAAGUCAAAUCAAAUCAGGAUAAAACACAAUUUGUUACGCUUUCGAAUCGGGUAAUUUUAUGUGCACGGCGUGCUGAAAUCACGAGCGUUCGAACUGUUACGCGCAUGCAAGCGCGCCCUACCGAACAUCGUCGGCGUCUCUUCAAUCUCGCACUCUCUAAUUUGAAUAAAUAAACAGCUGGCCUAAAAUUUGCGUAGUAUCUGGUGCCAAGUACGCAAAAUAUCUAGAACGGUGUUUGCACAGGGGCGACACGCAGCCAAUGGGCGUACGCCGGCGUAAAGGCGGCAAACGAAAAUUUUGAAUCGGUGCGUAGCGCCCACGAGCGUUCGAACUGUUACGCGCAUGCAAGCGCGCCCUACCGAACAUCGUCGGCGUCUCUUCAAUCUCGCACUCUCUAAUUUGAAUAAAUAAACAGCUGGCCUAAAAUUUGCGUAGUAUCUGGUGCCAAGUACGCAAAAUAUCUAGAACGGUGUUUGCACAGGGGCGACACGCAGCCAAUGGGCGUACGCCGGCGUAAAGGCGGCAAACGAAAAUUUUGAAUCGGUGCGUAGCGCCCACGAGCGUUCGAACUGUUACGCGCAUGCAAGCGCGCCCUACCGAACAUCGUCGGCGUCUCUUCAAUCUCGCACUCUCUAAUUUGAAUAAAUAAACAGCUGGCCUAAAAUUUGCGUAGUAUCUGGUGCCAAGUACGCAAAAUAUCUAGAACGGUGUUUGCACAGGGGCGACACGCAGCCAAUGGGCGUACGCCGGUGUAAAGGCGGCAAACGAAAAUUUUGAAUCGGUGCGUAGCGCCCUUCGAAAAUAAAUUCAAAUUUUUAUGGCGGGAGUUCUGAAUGAACACACGUGAGCGCCCUUCGAAAAUAAAUUCAAAUUUUUAUGGCGGGAGUUCUGAAUGAACACACGUGUGAAAUGUAUGUUGAAUUCGCUGGCACAGUGACAGUGUACAUUGGAGCGCACUUGCAGCACAAACGCUUCAGCUCGCCGUGUUGUCGAAAACCCGAUCUUUUUACCGACUGAAUGAGCCAAUCACAACAAACGAUUGCAAAAAAAAUAGUGACUUUUACAAACAAAUGAAUUUUGCAGGAUUACAUUGAGCAACUGGAGGACCGUGUGAACAAAUCGACGAAGGAGAACAAUGCGCUGAAGCAGCAAAUCGAGCGGCUCACGAGCGAGAAUCAGUCGGUGCUGUCGCAGCUGAAAAAGUUGCAGACGCAGUUGUACCAGUCGGCGAAGAGAAGUUCGCAAGCGGGCACCUGCCUCGCCGUCAUCAUGCUCUCCGCGUGCCUACUCGUCGCGCCCCACCUCAAUCCCCUGGUUUGUGCUUUUUUGGUUUUUUUUUAAAUCGAAGAAAAAAAAGUUAAAGUGAUUUUAUUGUGAAACUGAAAAUUUCUCGAUGAACGUCGUUAAGUUCCCCUCUCAAAAUCCACAUUUUCAGACGCACCCGGACGCGCAGAACGCUCUGGAAUGCGUGGAGGAAGCGUGCCAACAGACGGCGCCCACUUCCGGAGCAUCUUCCGCGGCGGCCACGUCGGCGCCGCCCACGCAAAGAGUGCCGGCUGUGAUUGCAUCGGCCGCCGCCGGACGCCACGUCAUCAACGGCCACCAGCAGCAGCAGCAGCAGCAGCAGAACCACAACAAUAAUAAUGUGGUGAAAUAUCAGAACCACAGUAGCAGUCCGAAUCAGUUGAACCACAUGGAAAAUCCGCCGCCGCCCACUCUCCAACCGCAGCAGCAACAGCCGAACACGAUGGCGAUGGCGAUGGCCAAGAUUGCGGUGACGUCGACGACGCGCAAGACGUCCGGAGCAUCCGCGCACACUGUCGGAUCCGGAAGGUACGCAUUUUUUUUUGGGGACGGGAACUUUUUUCCGCAUAUUUAUAGUUUCUAUGGAAAUAGGGGUUAGGCAAAAGGCCGGUCCAGGCUUUUUGAGGCCUGGACUAUUGGCCUUUGCAGGCUUCUUGAACUUGAAGUGUAUUGGGUUCAAGUUACAGACCGAUCCGAUUAUCCGAUCAUCGGAGGCCGAAAAGGCCACAAUAUUCGCAAAACCCCGGCCUUUUCGGUCUCAGAUCCACAUAUUUGGGGACCAGAUGAUGCGAUCUGUCUGAAAGAAAAAUUUCGAAACAGAUAUUGAUUUUUACAGUUUCAGCCUCAAAACUUGAAACCAGAUUCUAUUAGUGAAUCUCAGUUCUGUGUUUUCGCACCUUUCCCGAAAAGUUUCCCACAUGUGACUUUGGGACGAAAAUGGAAAUACUUUAAGAAAAACAAGAGAAUAUCUCAAUUUUGCAGUACGUCCGCCUCGUCGAGAUCCUCCUCGUCCUCGUCGUCGCCAAUCUACCGUACCUCGCGCACUCUGGCCUACGAGGAGCAGUGCGACGCGCACUCGGACGACCUGAACUGCGCGAACAUCAUGCCGCCGUUGGUGCCGAUGAAGAUGGUGUCGGCGCCGAAACGAAAGAUGACGGUGAUGCAGCCACGUGUCACUUACAGAGCUGUGGUACCGACGAACGGAGGAGGCGCCGCCCAUCACUAUUAUAAGAUGCAACAGCAGCAGCAGCAGCAACAGCAAAUGCAGCCGAAAGUACAGUAUGUGGCCGUGGAGAGACCCAUCAAGUAUGAAGUGGUAUGUAGCAUUUUUAUGAGCGAAAAUAUACUGACAAGGCUUCUUUUCAGUUUCAAUUGAGCGAUUACCUAAAAAUGGAGGACUCUGACUCGUCGUCCCCGUCUUCGCUCCGUCUUCCGACUUCGUGGACCCCGUCAACGGCGCCGCCACGUCUUCAGGCCCAAGUGAAUCGGACGGGCCGCCCGAUCACCGCUACGGUAACCCAUUUCGGUGGAAAUGGAGGCGGAGUGCCGGCUAAAAAAGUCAAGACCCAAAUGUUCUAGAAAAAACUGUUUUUUCUCUUGUGCGCCCCCUAAUUUUUUCGAUGUCUUCCGGUCGCUUCGAGACCCGGUAAACCCAAAAAAAAAUGUUUUUUUUUUCUUUCUCUCUAUCCCAUUGAGUUGACCUCUUUUUAUGUAUUUAUCCCAAAAAUCUAUUGCCUGCCACUAGUCGCCGCCCGUCUGAGAUACCCCCCACACAACAAUUCUAAUCAUUCUUCAAGUGCAAAAAAAUAUCCGGGUUUUUCUUCUUUUCCUUCUCUUUCCAAUUAAACAAAUCUGUCUAUAUAUCCGUCCGCCCCUACCUGUUUUGUUGAGUUUCAUCUUGUUUUCGUCCCCCAAAAAAAUUAUUAUUAUUAAUCACGCCGUCCCCGCAAAAGAAUCACUUGUCUGCGUAUCCCCUCUCUCCCCCCUAAUAUCUCCAUUUCUCUCUUCUCUCUCGCUGAUUUUUCCCAUUGAAAAAGUAUUGGUUUGCUCUUUUUUUUUUAAAUUACUGUUCAAAUUGUAUUCAUCGUUUUUUUUUGUAUUGACCCACUUUUGAACACGUAAAGUCUUGCUUUGGUGAAUUUUCGGUUUUUUAUAAUCAGAUACUCCUCACAGCAUUCUUCAGCCAUUCUGAGUACGAAUUGCCGCGCGUAAAAACUUUGGAUAUCUUUUACUUUUCGAAAAAAAAACUCGUUUCUCUUCUCUUUCUCGCAGAUUUAAGUCAGUUUCAUGCCGAUUUUCAGAAGCAGCGUUGUCGAAUCAUUCGGGCGUUUCGUGUUUCCAGAAGGUUCGAGGCCACCGUGCAAAGUUUUGAAAUCCCGACGAUGCUGAUCACUAAUUUUGCCCUUAUUUUGUGCCAAAAUAUCGUGGAAAUUAUUUUCCAGCUCAAAAUGACUCAAAAAUAGCGAGUCGUGCAUUUGAAUUUGUGAAAAGUGUCCUCUCCCUCUUCGCUUUCAUCUUUUUUGUUUGAAUAGGCGACUGAUGAGAACAUUUCUUAUGCGGCCCAGCGAAAGAAGAAAAAAAACGCAUUUUAUCCAAUUUCGAAGUCACGCAAUUUGAUACGCACAAAUGUUGAGCACAUUUUUCAUAUUUUUCGCCAUUUGCCACACUGUUUUUGCACAAAUCUGCGAGCCGAUUCAUGCGCAGACCCAUGGAAUCAAUUUGGUAAUUGAAAAGCACACUUUUUUCUCAAAAAUUAAAACAAUUUUUUCAGGUCUGUUGUUCUCUAAAUCAAACUUUGAUGCCGAGCUGCGAAUUCUCGUCACUUUGCCAAGAACAUUGCUCGUGUUUUCUGACGAUUACUCGCGAUUUGACGUGUGAUUCGGGGACGUCGGCUGGAAAUGAGGUUUCUAGACGAUUUGGUGUGGUUUUUCGAAAUCGGCAAGAUCGAAUUAGGCGGAAAUUGUGGAAAUUUGGGUCAAUGUUUUAUGGUUGCCGGCAGAGUUGAGCGGAAGAACUCAACGGAAGAACACGGAAGAAUUUUUUAUAUUUUUUAGAAAAUUUUUUCAUGGAAUGUGAUCAACUGACGAAAAAUAAUUGUAAAUUUAGCUUUUCAUACAAAAAAGUUAUUCCUUCCGUCUUCCGUUAGCCCUCCUUUUUUCACGGAACAACUCGAAUAACUUUUUUGUAUGAAAAGCUAAAUUUACAAAUAUUUUUCUAUGAGCACAGUUCACUUUGCUAUACAUUUCGUCAGUUGAUCACAUUUCAUGAAAAAAUUUUCUAAAAAAGAUAAAAAAAAUUCUUCCGUGUUCUUCCGUUGAGUUCUUCCGCUCAACUCUGGUUGCCGGCGUUCCGAUUUUCCAUAUAAAAACUGCGAAUCUCAACUAUUUUCAGACGUAUCACUGGCUCGACCACAAACCGAACCACUCCCCACUUCCAUGUUCGCAACCUAAUUUACCGAAUGCAAACUCGCCCUACACUAUUGUGGUCGAGAAUUCGAACGAAACGUAGGGGAGAGGGUCUCGAGGCGAAAGGGUUACUGUAGCGAAACUUUUGCAGUUCGACGUAUGAAUUUCUGCUCGGCGCCUGCUCCCUGAAUGUCACUUCGAUCACUUUUCAACACUAUCACCCCCAAUAUGAUGCGAUCGACUUUGGAGAAUGUUUUCCCAAUUUGGCAUCGUUUCAAGUCGUCUUACUGUGAGCACAUUUUGGGAUUAAUUUGGGAUUCAGUAGCGAUCAUUUGCAGUCAACGAACGCGUGCGAGUUUCACAAUAUCUCUAAAAAAUCUGAAAAAUCUGAAAAUCCUCUCCCUCGUCAACGUGGAUUUCGAGUUUUGGCUGCAGCCGUCGCCGUUUCUCAAUUCGAUCACCUACAUUCACAUUGAGAACUCUUCGAUGACCGAACUACCGAAAUGGUUGGCUCAGAGCCAAUCUCUCGCCACGCUCUACUUGAAAGGUAAACAAAAAACGCGAAAAAGUUUGACCGUCAAGGGGUCCAUGCCAAUUUUUAAAAAUUGCCGCGUACCCGUAACCGUCAAGGGUCCAUGCCAAUUUUUAAAAAUUGCCGCGUACCCGUAACCGUCAAGGGGUCCAUGCCAAUUUUUAAAAAUUGCUGCGUACCCGUGACCGGUCCCUCCAUGCAAACCCCACGGUCCGUCGCCGACCGCCCUUGUCCUUAUAGGCACGCUCGUCGCGUCGCUCGCGCCCAUCGCCCAGCUGCCCGCCGUUCGCAGUCUGAAGCUGUCGCACAACGCCGUCGAGCACCUCCACCGCCUGCUUUUCGUCUCUCCCCUCCUCAUUCACGUCGACCUCAGCUACAAUCGGGUUGGUUUUUAUUGGAAUAGAAAAAAAGUGCAAAAAAUCCGGGUGUUUUCUUAGAAAUUUUAAAAUUUUAAGCUUUGCGGCCAACAUUUCAAUUUUCAGAUAACUUCGUUCGCUUCGCACACCUUCAGCAAAUGCCACGACUUGCGAGUGCUCGAUUUGUCCGGAAAUCCCAUAAAAAUGCUGCCCUACAAGCCGUUUGCGAAGAAUAUUCGCCUAAAAUGGCUCAAGUUGAGCAGGACCAAUAUUUCGGUGGGUUACUCUGUGUCUGUAGACGCUAAAUACGACUUUUUUUUGCAGACCCUCUCGCCGGACCACUUUUUCGGCCUCUCCUCACUGAAAACGCUGUCCCUGUCGCGGAUGCCGAUCCAAUCGAUAUCCGCGCACGCAUUCGUGCCACUGAAAGCCCUUCGCUACCUGGAAAUGGACUCGUGCAACCUGACGCGGAUCCCGCUGGCGGUCACUUCCAACUGCCACCUCGCCCGCCUUAAUCUGGCCAACAACCUGCUCCAUCGCGCCAGUUCGAUGCCUCCCGAAGUGAUGGCCAUGUUGAGUGGGCUCAGCCAAUUACGGAUCGACGGAAACCCGCUGAGUGUGAGUUUUGUUUGUUUUUUUGGAAAAAAAAAUACCGAAAUUGUCGAGAACCCCACGGUCUCCAGAGCAGACAAUGGGCGCAAGUGCGCCCCGCCCAAUCAAGCGAUACAUUGGCGCGAAAUUUAAAUUUUAACAGUAAAAUUUGUAUUUUUGCCAGAUUAGCCACGAAAAACCGAUAAUUUCUCAUUUGUCUCUCGAUACACCGAUUUUAUAGCCGAUUACGAAUUUUUUAAGCGCAAGAGCGUUAAAUUUGGUCAAGUCGCAAAUCACAUUUAUCCGUUUCAAGGUUUUUGGCUAAAACUGCGUGAAUUUCAGUUGCUUUUUGGUAAUUUUCGCGGUUCGAGCGCUUAAAAUGCUUGUAUUUACGUGAUUUAUCAUUCUCAAAACCAGUUCUGUCGGAAAACGGUCAAGAAAGCGCAAAAUGAGAAGUGCGGUUUUUAGGCGGCGAAGGCAAUAAAGCAAAGUCCGCGAAAGAUGCGCCAAAACGUCAUUAAUUCUGAAAAUUAGUGUGUUUUCAUGUCGAACAAUCAUUUUUCAUCGCUUUUGACCACACAAAUCAGAGAAAACCUGCUCAAUUCAUGAAAACGCCAUUUGGCCGAGGGGCCACGCCCAUAUUGUAGGCUCUGGAGACCGUAAACCCGCAAAGAAAAAAGUGCGUUUGUGCAGGAAUUCCCCUCCUCGCUUUUGCUGAUCUCGCGCGAGAACGUCCGUCUGCUCCGACACCUCCUUCACUCCACAAUGACGCUUCCCGUGUGGCUCCGCGAGCCCUGUGCCCCUUAUUAUUGGGCCAUGCACUUGGCUAACAGGUACUCUAUCUUUUCUUUUUUUUCAUUUUCACAAUUCUUUUAUAUACUUUUCUGAAAUUUUCUUUCUAAUCCGGCGGGUCCCUCUCGGCAUCUCCACUAGUUUCUUCGAAAUUCUAGACGGCAAUUCCAAACAUUUCCAGAACAUCGAACCUAAAAACAUUUGUCAAUCAAUAUUCGGACGUGAAAAUGGAGAAAAACGGACUGGGUUACUGUAGGGAACAGUACGAAUGGAUGAUGGAACAAAUGGAGGUUUACCGCGAGUUGGAGAAGAAUUCCGGUCGGUUACUGUUUCAGGAAAAGAAUGAGAGCAUCCCGUACAUUCGAAGUAAUCAUUCAAUUUCUAUUUUGCAGGAUGUUACUCUCUCCGCCGUCUCCGCUCUUCCAUUUCCGCUUCCAAACCGUCUCCCCCCUCCAAAAUCGCUCAAAAUUCGUCUCAGUUGCCACUGGACCCGUCGGAAACGUUCCAGAUUCCAAUUCUUCUUCUCAUUUCGUUAUGCGCCAAUUUUCUGCUGCUCUUUUCUGUGCUCAUGUGCUCCGUAAUGGCGUGUCGAUGGGAAAAGCCAGACGACGUUUAA